AUGCCUAAUGCUCUGACCUUGUUCAAGUCAAAUUGCACCACCAGAGACAGUUGGUUGCAAGCUUUCGAUGCCCGUGCUGUCGCCGUGCAGGGUAAUUUGGUUAUCACCAUGCCCAACAUGCAUUUCGUUCCGGAGUUCCACCAUUUUGAAGAAGAAGACCUACAAGCCCAUGCAGAUGGUCGCUUCAGCGAGGCAUUUCCAUUCCUGCACCCGCUACAUUGGGCUUGGUUCACCCCUAGCCAGGAUGACCUGAAGUCCAUUCCAGGGAAUUCAUUUCCUGUAGGCAUGCUGGCCCCUGAUAAGGUCUAUGGCUUGCAAUCCCUUCUCAAACUGGCAGAGCAACGAGUCCAUGAUUAUAGAAAGGAUCAGCUGGACAGAGGUCAAGUUAUAUACAGUCGCCUGUUGUGCCUUCAUCAUGCCAUCGCACAGUUGAAGUCACACCCCCUUACUUUUCGAGAUCUUCUCAUUUUUGUCACCAACGCUCAGGGCCUCUUUCUCGACAUAUACUCUUACAUAGACUGGGUACUUGUCGCUCAACCUCGUACUGUCCUUGGCUUUUGUCAUGAGGUUAACAGUGAAUGGAUGGGGGGGUUUGCACAAAGCAGCGACAUCUGCGACAAGUUAUUCUCCGCUGGCGUCCCAGCUUGGUAUGUCUGUGCAAGCGCAUACAUACCCCCAAACAUGAAGGUUGUCGAACCCGUUUUGCUUACACGACCUGAUCACAUCAUCAUUUCCAUGUACGCAGAGGGUAGAAAUAUCCACCCAUUUGAAGUCAUACACCGUGGUCAAGGUGGUCGCAAUCGUCAUAUACACAUUCGCCGCCUGUAUGCAGGCACGACACACCAAGACCCUGGGACUGACACAUCCUCUCAGCAAUCAUCCAGCUCGAGUCAUCCUGCUUCUGGUCCAAAAUCGUCUACUCUUGGCAAGGCGCCCAAACAAAAGGGCAAACAACGGCAUCAGCUUUACUCAAUCAAUGCUUGGCCUACCCAGUCAGGUGAAUCUAGGGAUAAGUGGAAAGAUCCCGAGACGCCUUACCUUCCACCGCUGAACCUCCAUUGGGAGGCCACCAUGAAAAUUGCCAUCAAGGACCAGUUCCCCAAACCCGCCCUGCUCCUCGGUCCCAAGCUGCCUGAACAUUUGCAACUCUACCUUGCCAAUUGGCUUGCUGCUCGUCCACUGUGGAUUGGCCGAGUUGACCAUAAUCCUCCACGCACCUAUCCCACUCCUCAGCUCUGGCGCAAUUUCCUCAGUAGCGCCCCUUCUGUCAAACUGCAAUCUGCCAAAGGGAAAGAACCAGACAAGAGUCUUACGGCCACCAAGAAGGGGAAGCGAGCAAUGUGGGACUUAUUCCGUGAUGAUCUAUUGGAAAUUCAGGGUAAUAUAUUCUCACCAGAAGGAGUUGUUGAAUUUCGGGGUGAACAAGUCCCUGUCACUAGUCUUGCCACCCCUCCUGCGCUUCUGGUUCAGAAGAUCACAUGGGAGUUGUUUGAACUUGGCUUUCAGUACAAGUUGAAGGAUCUCAAUCGUUACUUGGCGCGGGGAUGCUGGGACAAGGAUGCAGUCGGUCACGAGCAGCUCCUCCAUAGCAUCUUCCCGGGUGAGGCUGGUUUAGUGAUGUGGUCAGAGUUGUUUCCGUCAGAGAACUAUGGGUUGUGGAACAACACCUUGAUGGGCUGUCUUCCUUACCUCAAGGGUUUCUGGCAACUGCUUUGCAAUUGGGAUGAUGUGGUGCCUUGUCUUACGGCACUGCUGACCUCAGACAAUUUGACAGAUACAAAAUCUUGGGAAGUUAGACGUGCGGCGACAACUUUUUACAUUCAAACAUUCUUUGAUCAUUUUGGCAGGCCUCCUAUUGUACCUCACUCCCUCCCAAUGCAAUCAUGA